AUGUACAAGACUUCACUAGAAACCAUUCGUGGAUGGUUCUCAACAAGCCAGUCCGGUGACUCGUACAUCUUGCUCGAAAAUGGGGAGACAAAUUCCUCCACUGAAUUGCCAAUAAACGAGAUCAAGCAACGCCACCACAAACAACGCUAUUGCUCUGGAUGGCGACCCAAGGACGCGCUUCAAAUAUUCUGGGCGGUACUCCCGUCGUUCUUUGCACGCGCUCUGGGCCAUGAGGAUGAAGCCUCAGUAAUUCCGCCGGCUAACGACACCUCGUAUCUCAAUGGGCUUCGCGGGUUAGCGGCGCUAUUUGUUGUUAUCUACCACAACACCAAUGAUUACUCUUUCAUGUAUCACGGCUGGGGAGAAGCUGAAGAAUAUCGCCACCCAAUUCAACUUCCAUUCAUCCGACUCAUCUAUGGCGGGUACUUCAGCGUCUCCGUCUUUUUCGUCAUCAGCGGGUUUGCCCUCACGUAUGGGCCGCUGAAGAAGUCGCAUCAUGGACAGAGUGAAGCAGCUAUUGGCUCUCUACCAUCUAGCAUAUUCCGCCGACCGAUUCGACUUUUUCUCCCCGUCGUUCCGGUCCUAAUUAUGGUGGUGAUAUUGAUUCAGCUUCAAGGCUUAUACAACGGAAAUGGUCUCAUUCCGCCAAUCCCUGGCGGUGUUUGGGGGCAAGCGGUGUUCAUCUGGCGCACAAUGGUCAUUAUUGUUACGCAAAGCACCACCAACACCAUACUACCCCAGGCGUGGACACUUUCGGCUGAGUACCAAGGCUCUCUGCUUGUGUUUCUGUGCUGCAUGGCCUUCGCCCGGGCGUCCCCUCGAGUACGCCUGCCACUGCUUACCACGCUACUUGCAUUUCUAUUCAGUCUGGGAUUCUGGCAACAUACUUUGUUCCUUGCAGGAAUGCUGCUUGCCGACUUUCGCCAUGUGCGUAACAAUUUUCCGGAACUAUCGCGACCGGCACGCUGGACCACUGCUUUCAUCUGCUGGUUGAUCUUUUUUCUUUCCCUUUUCUUGGGCGGUUGGCCCAUGCUAGGCGACGGUUACGCCGCUGCGGGAUAUUCAUGGUUUCGGUGGGUGCCGACUGGCGGGUACGACCCAACACGUUUCUUCGCGACAAUAUCAGCCAUUGGACUGGUAGCCUCACUCGAAGGGCUGUCUAUCCCGCGACGUGGCCUGAAUGCUCGAUGGAUAUUGUACUUGGGGGAGAUCAGUUAUGGUCUGUACUUAGUCCACUGGACUGUGAGCAGCAGCUUCAUGACUUGGGGUGUGAAGUUGAGCUUGCUCGCCGCUGGGCACAGCCAGGGACUAUCAUGGGGUAUCGGCUUCGGCCUUGCCAUGACGUUCUGCAUUUGGCUUGGUGACGUGCAAUGGAGGCUCGUCGAUAGGAACUCUGUGAAAUUUGCGCGGUGGUUGAGUGAAAAGUGUGGGAUUUGA